AUGAUGAAGGCCAAAAAGCAGGAAGAGUACUGUAGUGUUAAAAUACCACUAUUGUUUGGAAGCGGAGAUGUCGGAACAAAGACAGACAAGGAGCAAAACACCAACAUUGGCACCAGUUCUUUCUUGAGUACUUGUUUCAACGGUCUCAAUGCUCUUUCAGGAGUUGGAAUACUCUCAAUUCCAUAUGCAUUGGCGUCAGGAGGUUGGUUUAGCUUGAUAGUACUUUUCAUAAUCGCGAGCUCCACCUUCUACACAGGAUUAUUGAUCCAAAGAUGCAUGGAUGUUGAUCCAACAAUUAAAAGUUACCCUGAUAUUGGGGAUCGUGCAUUUGGAAAAACAGGGAGAAUGAUAGUAUCAGUCACUGUAAACAUAGAGCUCUACUUAGUAGCGACGGGUUUCCUAAUCCUAGAAGGUGAUAAUAUGAGUAACCUAUUCCGACACAUAAACUUUGAUAUCUAUGGAACUCAUAUUGGAGCAAAAACUGGAUUUGUGAUACUUGUUUCUCUCGUUAUACUCCCCACAAGUUGGUUUAGCAACAUGAGCAUUCUUUCGUAUAUAUCAGCCAGUGGAGUUCUAGCCACAGUGAUCAUUCUAGGCUCAAUCUUUUGGGUAGGUGCAUUUGAUGGCAUUGGUUUCCAGGAAAAGGGUGACCUCAUAAAUUGGGGUGGAAUCAUGUCAGCUACAAGCUUAUACGCAUUCUGCUACUGUGCUCAUCCAAUUUUCCCUACUCUGUAUUCUUCCAUGAGAAACCAGAGUCAAUUCUCAAAGGUAUUGUUUGUCUGUUUUGCCUUCUGUACAGUUACUUACUCAUUAAUGGCAAUCAUCGGAUACCUUAUGUUUGGUUCGGAGGCAGAGUCACAGAUUACCUUAAACCUUCCAACUGGAAUUACCAGCUCAAAAGUGGCCAUAUGCACCACCCUUGUUACGCCUAUAGCUAAAUACGCACUAAUGCUAACACCAAUUGUCAACGCUAUUGAAGCACGGUUUCACUCAUCUUACAACAAAAAGAUGCAUAGCUUCCUAAUAAGAACAAUCUUGGUGAUAAGCACUGUCGUCGUAGCCCUGUCUCUCCCUUUUUUUGGUUAUCUGAUGGCACUCGUGGGUGCACUCUUAAGUGCCACAACUUCGAUAACAAUACCAUGUUUGUGCUACUUGAAGAUUACAGGCACUUACAGAAGUAUUAGCCUCGAGGUGGUGCUUCUUGGGUUCGUUGUGUUAAUUGGCCUAAUCAUAACUGUUGUGGGUACUUAUAUAUCAUUAGUAGAUAUUAUAAGUCAUUUAGGAGCAUCCAGUUGACUUUCGAGCUAUGUUAGCCAAUCGAAAUUUUGCAUAGAAAUAACAAUUCCAAGAAAUCAAGAAAAUUGAUUGCAAUUUUGGUAGAUA